UUAUAACCUGUACUAAAUAUCUUGCUGGAUACCGCAGGUCAAAAGAAGUAUGUUCCUCAAUUUCAGAAGCAAAAUCGAGGGUCUAAUUUGCCUCUGAACGUACUUCUUACGCACCAACGUACAUAAAUCGGGUAUUUUUCAUACAUAAAAAUAGGUGUGCUUAUUUGUAGUCACUUCCAAGGUCAAAAUCAUAUAAACGCCUCAGAAUUUCACAAGAGAAGAAGUCGUGUUGUUGGAAAAUCUCUGGGAUACACCCUUCUUGAUAAUCUAAAGGAUUUUUCUCGCCGGGGUCUCGGACUCGCAACUACGGAAAGCCUGCAAAUAUUGAGGGCAUUCACAGAGAACUUAUAUUUUCAUAAAUCGGUAGAUAAUAAUAAAUAGUGCUGUAGACAUUGAAGAGCAGGGAUGGGGGUAUAUAAUGGUACCAAGGCAGCUGCUCCCAUAGCGUGGAGUGCACAACUUUAUGUCACUCUUGUAAGAGGGCUCCCUGGGACAAGGAAGCUCCAUAGGCGAACUCUUCAGGCUAUGGGACUUCGAAAGUGCCACCACACUGUAAUCAAGGACAAUACAUCUUCAAUCAGAGGCAUGAUUAAUCAGGUAAAGAGGCUAGUUGCAGUAGAAACUGAAGAAAUGUACAAGGCCAGAUUGCAGAGAGAAGCCUCAUUGCGAGCUCUUAGGUCUCCUAUUGUGGUCCAACAUUCUUAUCCUUCUCAUUCAAUUCCCCAGCAAUCCAAGCAAACCUGAGGGGCAGUUUGAAUCAUGGGAAGCUAGUUCUAGGUUUUUUGAGUAGAUAAUUGAGGUUUUGAACUUCUGGAUAACAUACCUUUGUCCUGUCUUAUGUGUAGGCACACCAUAUGGUUAAAGAUAAUAUAUUAAUUUUAAGUCCAGAUAUAGUUCUAUCUCUCUGAGGGUGCACAACCUUAGACUUUUUGCUCAAAUUGAGAAAUUAUUUAUUUUUUCCUU